CUUUGCUUCUCAUGUGACCUGCAAUUUUACUGCAACACAAACUUGAGUUCGCUUUACACUUCUUGGCUGCGAGCAUAUAGGACUUGUGUCACUUCAGCUUCAAGUGAGCAUCUUUCAAAAAUAUUAGGUGAAAAACAAUGGCUAAUACAUUUGCACGUCUCCUGGCUGGUCGAAGAACUGCUGUUUUGGUUGCAACAGUCAGCACUGGAGCUAUGGCUACUGGAUACUUAUUAAAUCACCAAAAUGUGAAGGCUGGAUCUUUUGGACAACAUAAAUUAUUUCCUCCAAGUGCAGACUACCCUGAUCUUCGUAAACAUAACAACUGCAUGGCUGAGUGCCUGACUCCAGCAAUCUAUGCCAAAUUGAGGGACAAGAUGACUCCAGCUGGCUACACCCUGGAUCAGUGCAUCCAAACUGGUGUUGAUAAUCCUGGACACCCUUUCAUUAAAACCGUGGGGAUGGUCGCAGGAGAUGAAGAAUCCUAUGAGGUAUUUGCUGAGAUUUUUGAUCCAGUUAUCAAAGUAAGACAUAAUGGCUAUGACCCCAAACUAAUGAAGCAUCACACUGACCUGGAUUCUUCAAAGAUUACCCAAGGACAAUUUGAUGAGCAUUACGUUUUAUCCUCCCGUGUACGCACAGGCCGGAGUGUUCGUGGCCUGAGCCUCCCCCCUGCCUGCUCCAGGGGAGAGAGAAGAGCUGUCGAGAGUGUUGUGGUCACUGCCUUGGCUGAGCUGAAAGGAGACCUGGCUGGAAAGUAUUAUAGCUUGACAACUAUGUCUGAAAAGGAGCAACAACAGCUAAUAGAUGAUCAUUUCCUAUUUGAUAAGCCAGUUUCCCCUUUGCUAACUUGUGCUGGAAUGGCCCGUGACUGGCCAGAUGCCAGAGGAAUAUGGCAUAACAAUGAUAAAACAUUCCUCAUCUGGAUCAACGAAGAGGAUCACAUUAGGGUGAUCUCCAUGGAAAAGGGUGGCAACAUGAAGCGGGUUUUUGAAAGAUUUUGCCGUGGAUUGAUAGAGGUUGAAAGGUUAAUUAAAGAACAAGGAUGGGAGUUUAUGUGGAAUGAACACUUAGGAUACAUUCUGACCUGUCCCUCUAACCUAGGAACUGGAUUACGUGCAGGAGUUCAUGUUAAACUUCCAAAACUUAGCAGGGAUCCUAGAUUUUCAAAGAUCCUGGAACACCUGAGGCUUCAGAAGCGUGGCACUGGUGGAGUAGACACAGCUGCUGUGGCAGAUAUAUAUGAUAUUUCCAACCUAGAUCGCAUAGGCCGAUCAGAGGUGGAGCUUGUCCAGUUAGUCAUUGAUGGUGUGAAUUAUAUGAUUGAUUGUGAGAAGAAGUUGGAGAGAGGUCAAGACAUCAAGAUACCACCACCACUGCCCCAAUUUGGCAAGAAAUGAAGCUGCUUCCAGUGAUUAUCAUCUGACUGGAAACAUGUCUAUUGGGGUGACUAUGAAUUCUGUAUUCCUCUGUAAUAUAAAACAGAAAUGUGGAUAACAUUUUUCCUCAGAUAGGUACCUGUUAAUUGGGGUAUUGGGCAGGGGUUGCUGAGAAGAAUAGAAGAUAAGAACAUAACAUAUGGAAAUGUGCCAGAAUACAAAUGGUUGCAGACAUCACUGCUGAAGAGUAGGGUCACCUUUGAAGAUUAGCAGUCUUGGAGUACUUGCCUGUGAAGUUUAAUUCUUUUAAAAGCACACAUAAAGGAUUUCCCUUUCCUUUCCUUUCCUUUCCUUUCCUUUCCUUUCCUUUCC